AGUCAUGUAUCAGCUGCUGGGGAUGUAACCAUGGCAACGGCGGCCCCAGGAGGUGGUGUUUACAUCGUUACCGGCGGUGAGCACUUCCAUCCUCAAGGCCGGACCCUUUCUUUUCACUCCUAGGUCUUUAUUCUGCCAUUUGACGAUCUGGGUGAGCUACUGCUACUUGUUCUUGUCAACUCAAGUGUCCAGUGCCUUCCCGAGAACCAGUCCCUGCGUCUGUCAAACAAAAUACUGGAAGAGUUAUGGCGAGGCGAAUUGCAGCGGUCUUAAUUGAUCUGAGUGGAACAAUUCACAUAGAGGAUGCUGUCAUUCCAGGUGCAAUUGAUGCCCUUAAAAGAUUACGAGAAACAAACGUCAAGAUUAAGUUUGUUACCAACACCACCAAGGAGUCCAAGCAUGUCCUGCAUGAGAGACUAAAGAGAAUUGGCUUUGGAAUUGACAUUGAGGAAAUAUUUACAUCCUUGACAGCAGCACGACAGUUGAUAGAUCAAAGGAACUUGCGUCCAUACAUGCUUGUGGCCGAUGCAGCAAAGGAGGAUUUUUCUGGUGUCAGUUGUGAAAAUGAAAAUGCUGUGUUGGUUGGCCUGGCUCCUGAGUACUUCAAUUAUGAACACAUGACAAAAGCCUUCAGACUGCUACUUGACGGAGCUCCACUCAUUGCGAUUCACAAGGGUCGCUACUACAAGAGGAGUGAUGGCCUGGCUCUGGGCCCUGGGGCUUUUGUGUCUGGUCUGGAGUAUUCCUCAGGUUGUAAGGCAGAGGUAGUGGGCAAACCUGAACCUGCCUUCUUCCACUCUGCCCUGCAAGACCUGGGAUGCUCUCCCUCGCAGGCAGUCAUGAUCGGCGAUGAUGCGCGAGAUGACGUCUGUGGAGCCAUGAACGCUGGCCUGGCCGGCAUCCUGGUGAAGACAGGGAAGUACCGGCCAGGGGAUGAGGGCCAGACUGACCCGGCACCCUCGCACGUGGCUCAGGACUUUCCAGAGGCUGUUGACUUUCUCAUCACUAAUUGGCUUAAGCCACAAUAAGAGGGAGAUAUUUAUAUCUGACUAUUGACUCUGGGCAGAGUAGUUGUGGUGUAGUUGUGGUGACUCAGGAGCAUUAAUUGUUUUGUGUAAAAUACUAAUAAAUAAUAAACAUGGGAUUAUCUAA